AUAAAGUGCACUGGGGGGGGGGGGUUGAGUCCUGUCCUGCUCACUGAAUCCACUCCAGUGCUUCAGGGCAGCCAUCAUAGUGUUCACUAUUGUGUGCGGCUGAGGGAAGAAGAAAAAAAAGAGGAGGGAGCAGAGGGGGGAAAGAAAACCUGUCUCUUUGUGUGGGAAGGACUCAGCAGGAAAGUGAUUUUGUGAUUAUUUGAGUUUGCCAGCAAAGCAAAGGCUCUUCCCCCUGACCUGCAACAACAUCUUGUCCACUCUGCGUGCCUCUACUGCCUUUACACCAGAGUCACAUAUGAGUGUGCUUCUCAAGCCGGCAAACAGCGACACCCGGGCUUCUCCUGAUGAUGAGAUCCGACGUCAGAGUGGUUUCCAUGAAUAUUGAUGUGGAGGAUAGUCUGUUUCAUAGAAGAACAGAAGGAGGCAAGAUGGCUGCCCUUUAGGAUUUGUUAAAGAGGAGAUCUAGACGGUUUGUUGGAAUUUCUACAAAGUGGAGGGACGUAAAAAGGAGGACGGACAGAGGGCAGCCCUGUGGAUGGACUCUGAGCAGGCCAGAUGGAAACAGAACAGGCCAGACAUGAGACGGAAGAAAGUCUGAUAUUAGCACAAUUUGGCACAUCUCACAACAUCUCUCACAAAUUGCAGAAUGGAGGCCAGUCUUCAGAGGGAGAUUCUCUGCAGAUCACUGGAGAUACGAACUGGAACCAUUACAAGCCCAGCACAGGUGCCAACUCCAUGAAGAGACACAGGGAGAACUGCAACAGCCCUGCUUCAGGACAAGGGCUAUUUGAUCAAGGAGCCUACAUGAUGAAUGGAGAAUUAAUGAAUGGAGAGUUGAAGCAGUCCUUACUGGUCCACCAGUCCAAAAAACUUAAAAUAGAUUCUGAGAUGAAAGGAAAUGAUGACAUGAGCUCUAGUUUGGUGGACAACUUUCCCGAGUUGACAAAAGCAACAGAAUUUGAAUGCAAUGUCCCACAGACAGAGAUUAAGUUAGACAAGAGGAACUGUAAUUUUCCAAAUGGUGAUAUUUUUUGUAUACCAAGGAAUAAACAAGUUUCAAUUCCAAAUGGUGCUCUUUCACCCCCCUCAACAAUAGAAAGCACUCCGGGUGAUCUUUUAGAGAAAACUUUGUCUCAGUACUAUCCUGAGCAAGUGUCAAUUGCACCACAAACAUCUGGGUCGCAACUAGAUGCCGUCAAUGGUUCACUGGCAAAUAAGCUGCCCAGUGAAGGUGCUCAACCUCCCUCUUUAACCUCAGGAUUGCCCAGUUCAGCUCAGAUGCCUGACUCACAGCAACAGCUGCCUGGGGCAUCUGGCAAUGCUGAAGGGGGCAAAAAUUACAACUCUGUCAACUAUGUAGUGAAUGGAUACUCCAACAAUUUUGGAGCAGACCACCAGCAGCAACAACAACAGCAUCGGCAGCAGCAGCCACCUCCUUACUCUGGUCAAGAGCUAUCUCUGGGGCAGCUGCCCGGUAUGAUCUCACCUACAAGUAAUGCCAGUAGCUCACAACAUCAAAAUGGCCCACAGUGUUAUACAGAUGAGACAAAUUCUCAAGGUAUAUAUGUGAAAGCCAACCAGGAGUUUAACCAGAACUCUUUUAUGGAGCACAGUGCUCCUCUACAGGCAGCAGAGGCAGGUGGAUAUGGAGCCUUUCCCAACUCUGGGAUACAGAAGAUGGGGCAAACUGAGAGACCUGGGCCUGGUCAGCAUCAGCACCACAGCACUGACGGGGGCCAUCAGUAUGGGAUUCAACCCCAGAACUUUAAACAAAAUGCUGGGAAGCCACAUGGAGCUGACAAUAUGGGACCCAUGGGGUCCAGUCUCCAGCAGCCAUGUCACACUGGGUUGGAAAAUGGGAUGGAGAGUACAACUCAGCAGAGAGCCAACUUAUCAUGUUCGACUCCCCACCAGAGAGGCUGGAUUGAGCUGAACUCCUCACAUUCCCAGCAGCAGCCAGGAAGUGGCCCAUCAUCUCAGGCACAAGAACAGGACAUGUGGAGGGGCCUCUCUAAGCCUCAGUCAGAGCAGCAGGCAGCUAACCACCAGGUUCACGGCCAGAUGUUAGAGCCAAACCCGGCGCAAAGAUUCCAGACACAGGGAGUCUUCACAGAUAGCAGCCAGGGGUCUAACAGCUUCCAGCAGCAACAGCAGGACUGCCUCCCAGCCCAAACACACUGUGUUUCAGCCCAGCACAACACUGCCCCUGAGUGGCAGCAAUCAAAUUCAAAAGCAUCUCAAAUGCAGCAGUCUCUACCCCAGAAAAUGUCUGAGCAGCGUAACUUCCCCCCAAAUCAGCAGGCAGAUGGCCAUUACCACACCCAGAUGCAGUCUGAGCACUUAUGUGAAGAUCCUGACCUGCAGGAUAUACUGUCACCUGGGUUUUUACCAACACAGCAACAACAGCACUGUCUUCAGCGUCCACUGUCCCACCCACCACAGUAUGAAGGGCAGCAACUCAAAUCUCCCAAUUACAGACCUCACAGUCAGCCUCCACCAGGUCUGCAGCAGCUUCAACCCAACCAGCCUCUCAAAAAUAUUUCAGCCCAGUCCAACAACCAACACAUCCAACACAAUGACCAGACAACAUUCAGCUACAAUAACUCAACAGAAAUGCAACAAUUACAACAACAUCAAAGGCAGUAUCCACCGAACUCAGGCAGCAGCAACCUCAAGCAAUUUCAACCACAGCGGCCUAACAACCACUGCCACCAGCCCAACCACACGGACUUCCCCCAGACCUCUACACAGUCACAACCUCACUUAUCACAAGGUGCGUUAAACCAACAAGUAUCAACACAGAUGUAUCCUAAAGCUGAACAACAGCUGAAGACAUCAUGCACUCAGUUCCAAAGGGGACCUCGACUACCUCUGGGACCUACAAGUCCCCAAGGAGACUUUCAGAGGCAUGCAGCCCUGCGUAUGCACCUGUUACAAAGGCAGGAGCGUCAGGGCCCUCCUCAUCCUCCUCAGAGCACUAGUGACCCCAAACAUGGCCUGAGAGCUGUGAAAGUGGAAAACGGACCCAGAUUCGAGCUGCCUGGUCCACAGCAGCAGGAGCAGCAGUUACAGAUGCGAGAGGCAGGCAUAGGUGGAAUGCAAGUCAAGCAAGAGAAUCAACAAUCCCUGUGUGUGCAAAGCAAGAGGCAGGGAAGCAUCUUGGCCACUAUGGAACAAAGCCUGAGGCAGUACCAGCUUUCACCUGUGUUCGAGAAGAAAUCCCUUGUCAUCAAUUCAGCAAAUAAAGUCAAGGUGGAAUCUUCUGGGCCUGUCACGAUCCUGUCAACCAACACUGACCUGAGUGGAAUGGAGUCAUCUGCAGCUGCUUCAAACACUGUAGUCCUAAAGAAACCACCUGAUUCCACCCCUAAAAAGGAGCAUCUCUUACAAAGCUUCAUGGACUCUCCUAUGAAGCUACUGGAUACCCCUAUAAAGAAUCUACUGGACACCCCCAUGAAGACACAAUAUGACAUUGCAUCCUGUCACUGUGUUGAACAAAUCAGUGAGAAGGAUGAAGGCCCAUACUACACUCAUCUGGGGUCAGCACCUAGUGUUCCUGCUAUACGUGAGAUGAUGGAGAAAAGGUCUGGCCUAACUGGUCAUGCCAUCAGGAUUGAGAAAGUAAUAUACACCGGCAAGGAAGGAAAAAGUACACAGGGGUGCCCCAUAGCCAAAUGGGUGAUUCGUCGAUCCAGCGUAGAAGAAAAGCUACUGGUGCUGGUGCGGGAACGUAAUGGUCACUCAUGUGACACUGCCUGCAUCAUUGUAGUAAUCCUGGUCUGGGAGGGCAUCCUGCCCAGCCUGGCUGACCGCCUCUACCUCGAGCUAAGUGAAACUCUAACAAAGCAUGGAGCCCUCACCCAGAGACGCUGUGCUCUCAAUGAGGAGAGGACAUGUGCAUGCCAGGGGUUAGAUCCUGAAGCCUGUGGAGCAUCUUUCUCCUUUGGCUGCUCUUGGAGCAUGUACUAUAAUGGCUGCAAGUUUGCCCGGAGCAAAAUCCCAAGAAAAUUCAAGCUGCUGGGAGAUGAUGUGAAAGAGGAAGAGAAACUGGAUCAAAACUUCCAAAAUUUGGCAACCUUAUUGGCGCCCUUGUAUAAAACUAUGGCACCUGAAGCUUAUGGAAACCAGGUGGAACAUGAGCACAGGGCAACAGACUGUCGUUUGGGGCUCAAGGAGGGCCGUCCCUUCUCUGGGGUCACCGCUUGCUUGGACUUCUGUGCCCACGCUCACAGGGACCUCCACAACAUGCAGGGGGGCAGUACUGUGGUGUGUACAUUAACAAGGGAGGAUAACCGAGAGAUUGGAAAGAUACCAGAGGAUGAGCAGCUCCAUGUCCUGCCUCUUUAUAAGACUUCCAACACUGAUGAAUUUGGCAGUGAGGAGGGUCAGCAAGAGAAAAUCAAGUCAGGAGCCAUCCAAGUCCUCAGUGCCUUCCGCCGCCAGGUGCGCAUGCUUGCAGAGCCCGCCAAGUCUUGCCGGCAAAAGAAGCUGGAUGCUAAGAAGGCAGCUGCCAACAAGAAUGCUAUGCUGGACAGCUCUAAUGAUAAGGCAGAGAAGGCCCUCCUGGCUAAGUCAAAAGCUGGCACUUACGAGAAUACCACUCACAGCACUCCUAUGGCAGGGCCUAUUCCAGGUGCUGCAGGAGCAAACCUACAGCCAGGUCAGCCAACACACCACCUAGGGGCGCAUCUACUACAGCAACAACAGCACCAGAGUAUUCUUCCCCCUUAUCCUGGCUCAACAAACGCAGCCAGCUAUCCCAGGUUCCCUAACCACCCAGGUUCUUUUCCAAGCACUUCCAAACCAGGCAGCAUGUAUCCCCCUCAGCCACCAACACCAGCCAGCCCUUAUCCCUCCCCACUCCAUGUACCAAACUCUUACAUUAAUGGAUCAAAUCGUCCAUACCCAGGUUAUCAGUGUAAUGGAGGAAUGCCCCUUGACAAUUACCAUCCAUACUAUGCUUCAAACCCAAAACACCUGGACAUGUAUCGUCAACAGCGGCCAGCGCUUUACUCAGAGCAGCAGUACGGUGUACAUCAACGUUUUGAGGUCAAUUAUCCGCCAAGAUACGGUGAACCUGGUUUACAGGUCAAUGGUUACAAUGCCUGCAACAUGAGGCCAGUUCACCCCAUGAGACCUUACACCCCUUAUGGUCCUAAUGGAGCCUCAGAAUCCCAGUUUAUGGAUCCUCUCUCAAGGGCUCCUUCAGCCCAUGGAGGUCUAAACUACCCAGCUGCUGUGAGCAAAGGCAAUCAGUUUGGAGGAUACCCAAAUCCAUACCUCUCUCGGAGCCCUCAAAUCGUACCCCCAGGCCAACAUCCUUUCCAUAUGCAAAUCAAGACAGAGAUGGGCAUGCCUGGCCCACAGAUGCUUUCUUCUCAGUUAAGUGGUGGGUGUUUAAAUCCUGAGACACAGUCAGGGUUAGGUCUGCCUAAUGGAAACCUCAUGAGCUCUGGUAUUAAGCAAGAGCCUGGAACACCACAGACACCCACAACACCGCAAAAGCCAGAGAUGUGGUCAGACAAUGAGCACAACUUCUUGGAUCCUGAUAUUGGUGGGGUGGCAGUGGCGCCCAGCCACGGCUCAGUCCUCAUUGAGUGUGCGAAACGGGAGCUCCACGCCACAACGCCCCUUAAAAAUCCGGACCGCAACCAUCCAACACGCAUCUCCUUGGUCUUCUACCAGCACAAAAAUAUGAAUGAGGCCAAGCACGGUUUGGCACUAUGGGAAGCCAAGAUGGCAGAGAAGGCUCGAGAGAAGGAGGAAGAUGCAGAGAGGAAUGGUGGCGAGGGGACACCCAGCAAGGGCAGCAAGAAGGGGGUGAAGCGGGAGCAUCUGGACUCAUCAGAAACCACCGGGGAGCCUCCUUACAAGCGUUUUAUCCAGGCACUACUGGAGGGGUCCUUGUCGUGCACAACGAACACCUAUGUCAGUACAUCUCCAUACGCCUUCACCAAGGUCACAGGGCCUUACAGGACUUGCCAUUGUAUCCUGAAUCCCAACGUGACUCUCAUCUACUCAACUUCACACGGACAAAAAUUAUUUUGUGAGGAAACAGAUACUUUCCUGCAAUUCUUUACUUAUAUUUUAGCUGGUAGGAUGGUGGUAAUCUUUUAAAAGUAAUUUGAACAUAUAUGCACUGAGUUGAUUAAAGGGAAAGUAUGAUAUUGACUAAGUAAAAAGCAAUGUAUUUGCUUUUUCUAUGAGGCAAGACCAGGGCAGUGAUUAACGUAGUUGCACAUCUUUGUGCCCGUGUAUAGCUAAAUUUAUUUAUAACCACUAAGCAAUUGUAUAAUGAUUUUUCUCCCGUCUAUCUGAUUUAAUUGAUGCGAUAUAUAAUGGAAUGACUGUCAUGUUAUAGUAACAACUCACCCCACUCUUCAGCAUAUUCAUUUUCUGAAAGCACUUCAUUUCUUUUUCAGGAAAAAAUAUGUAAUAAAGAAUCGCAAAACAUUUUAUUUAAACAGAUUGUAAAUGUGUUUAAAAAAAUAAUAAAUUAUGUCACAUUGUACAUACCAAGAA